AGCUUGGAUCGUAGACUGGAAGACCCCUCUGUUCUCCACUUGGACAUUACAGCUUUCUUCACUCCAGGAUGGAAGCAAAGGGCAUAUUCUGGUGCCUGCCUCACCUUGGCAUGAGGUUUUGGUGCAGAAAUGAGAGUUGAGAUUGAGACUUUGGAACGCCACCCAAGCAGGACUUGGCAUUCCAACCCAAGGGAAUACACAUAAGGAGAUACUUAUGGAGCUGCAGAGACAUUCCAAGUCUAUAGGAGACCCUCAAAGACCACCAGAAACCUUGGAACCCCUCAAUCCACAAGAGCCUGCAAGCCAUGUGGGACAACCCAUCAAGCUGGAGCUGGGGGGUGAGGGAGGGGGUGUCCAAACAUCGCCUCCUAAACUCUCUCGCCCGCCAUUGCCUUCUCCUGGUAGCGCCCUCCUUCAGGGUUUGAAUGGGCUGCCAGGAGCAGGGAGGCGGGCACUUGUUCCCGGAGGGACAGGAGGCACAGAACAAGGGGAACCCUCUCGAUUGGGGCGCUACUUGCUGAUUGACAGCCAGGGGCUGCCAUACACAGUGCUGGUGGAAGAGGGGGUGGGAGCGGCAGGGGACCCGGAAGGGGGCGGGAGCGGAGGGUCCUUGCGCAAGGUGUACAGCUGCCCCGUGUGCUCACGGACAUUUGAGUACCUGUCUUACCUGCAGCGCCACAGCAUCACCCACUCGGAGAGCAAGCCCCACGUCUGCCGGGCAUGCGGCAAGGCCUUCAAGCGCACGUCCCACUUGGAGCGCCACAAGUACACCCACUCGGGCCGGAAGCCCCACCAGUGCCCCAUCUGCCAGCGCAGCUUCCGUGACUCGGGGGAGCUCUCGCACCACCAGCGGGUGCACACGGGGGAGCGGCCCUACCAGUGCGAGGCCUGCCACAUGCGCUUUGGGGAGCGCAACACCCUUCAGAGGCACAUCCGCCGGAAGCACCGCCUGCAGCUCCUCCCAACGCCAUAAAGGCUGGCCUUUUCGAGACUGACGUUGUGCCACGAGAGCAUUCGCAUGAGAACCUCGCUGCCCACCCAGGCCUUAGACAUCUACCACCUGGGUGCAGCUAGCACCCACCCAUGCUACGGCAACCCUGGCCUGCAAAUGCCUCCCCGUGUCUUUACGGACCUGAUACUUCUCCAUUUGCUGGCCCAAUGACUAGCUGUUCCGUGGGGAAAAUGGGAAUGGAGAACCACACCCACCUAUGCCACAAACUAUCCGGCAUGCGAUAGCCAGCUUGCAAAAUCCCAGCUUAGGUCCCUUCUGCCUUCUCAGGCCGCAAGGACUUGGUAUGGACACACUGGCCUACCUAACGCCUUUUGUAGAACCUUGUCUAUCCCAUCUGUCUGUGCUCCUCGCAACCUGGCAGGGGGAUUCUUUGCCUCCUGCUUUGUCCCCACCCGAGUUUCCACUACCCCCGUAGGUCACUCACAUCCAGCAUGGAUUCACGGGCCGAGCUCUGCAACACAGAGCAUUGCCUGCUAGCAUCUGUUUCUGCCACAGUGUCGUAGGGAGAAGUUCUUGUGGCAUAUUGGGGAUAUGUGGAGGGAGGAAUCCAGCAGACCCUGCCUAGAACCUGGCGAAGACACUGUCCCCUCUGCGUAUGCCUGGAGGGUAUGCUAUCAUGCAGAAUGGCAAUGCAUGCCUGUUAAAAACCUCCUCAUCUGCAGACUUGGCCUUCAAAUCUACUAGGGGCUAGCCCUCUCAUGUAUGCAUUGCGUCCCACAGACACAGUACGGAGACCUCAGCCUGUCAGGAAAACUAGCGCAUGCCUAUUUUGGGAAGAUCUGCUUUGCUUUCAUGCAGAAUUUGGUUCCAGAUUAAGAGCAGGUGGUGGGCAGCCAUGAAGAGAACUCUCCUUAUUCUACAAUAGCCAUGCAGGGCUUCCAGUUGAAUUUAGCGAGAGGUUCAAAUCAAAUCUGGCUCUUUAUUCUUUAUUUUGAGUCCCCUGCAAGCGUCUCAUACAGCUGCAUGUCUACUUGGUGUACGAUGGAGGCUGUGGCCUUGAAUCCUGACAUUCCACCUCAAGAACGCCUGGGCCCAAAUUUCUCCCCCUCCUUCCCUUACAAUAAAGAGCCUAUUGAAGGAGCAUAAGCAAGAGGCUAGAGAAGGCUGGGUGGGACAUCAGAUGAAUUCCAUGUGCAGGAAGAAAGUCACUUUUCUUUAAGGCAGUGCCCAAAUUACAGGGGAGCCAGAGAGGGCCUGGCACCCUUUACCUGUUGCAGCAGCCCCCUUGGCUACUGCUUUUUGAAGGCUACGGGGGACCACAAUUUGGCUAAAAUUAGAAGGAUUGGGGGGGUUGCAUUUCCUUAAGGCUCCUCCUAACCUGCUCUUCCAUCUAUAAAGCACUGCUUUAAUGAAUUCUGGCUCUGCAUUAUUAUUAUUAUUUAAAAAAUCUAGAUGGGGAGUAUGGGCAUUGAAGGAUGGAAUAUGGGAUAUUCCCCAACUUACCAGCCUUAACAGUCUCUUAUUUCCAAACCCUCCAGAUUUUUCCAGGGAAACAGAGUUGGUGAUUCUACAUUCCUUCCAGCGGCUGCUGCUGCUGCUGCUACUGGUAGUCCAGCCUCCAGAUCAGAGCCAUGUGUGGACCCAUCAACUCUGGUCAGGCCUUGUUUUCUUCUGCCCCCUAAUUAGAACCAUUUCAACCAGCUUCCCAAAGAGUUGCAGGCCACGGUCUAUAUACUUACGGGGUGGGUGGGUUUCAACCCCAGAUAUGCAGCAACAGAACAUGUUGGUCUUCAUCCCAGGCUUACUGCCUGUGGGAUGUAUGUGAUAAGACUGCUGUGGUUUCCUACAAUAAUUAACAAACAUAGAAUCUCUGUUUCCUCGACAGGGAGAAACAAUCAGGAGACAUCGAUAUACAGGCAUGUGUUCCAAGGUAUCGGCUAGCCUGGUACCUCCAAAGCUUGCCAGGGAGAUUCCUGGAUCAUGUUUCCUCUGCUUCAUAUUUAGUGUGGAAUUUUUAAACUGUGUGUGUCUUCCUUUUUUUUUUUAAUUAAAAACAAUCCUCUGGGGUUUUGGUUCAUCUUUGUGUGCUAAACGAAUAAAGUUCUGCUGUGUUACUUCCA